AUGCUCAAGUUCUCUCCGCCAGACCACGAUCACGACACGCCCGCCACCAACACCGCCGCGCAAAGAAGACCGCGCCGUUCCUUUAUCGCAUAUGCUCACCGGCAAUUGAGAGCUUGGGGUUUUGACCGUGCGACGACGGAGACGGCGGCAGCGGCGAUUGCCACACGAUCACGAAACUGCCGACAUAAUAUGUCUCCCAACAAAACCGGUUCUGAAGAUGGCCUGGAUAAGGCGACACUCGGGGUAGACCUGAUGAAUGCUCAGGAGAAAGCGAAGGCCGUCGCCGCGAGGCUCUCCGUCUCGCCUGGGGCCAUUCGCACGGAGGUGGAUGCGGUGAAGAGCAGGCCGGCAAAUAGUACAAAUGGUAUACGGUCAUCGCCACCGAUGUUGGCUCCGUCCGAUGCCAUGGACCUAGACACGGAACCUUCAAAUGGAGUGACCACUAACGCUGACGCCACGACGAAGAGCGAUUCGGAGGCUGAAACAAUCGUGCUGCCAGGUAAAAAUGGGCAUUCACCGUCAAAAAUCCGGAAAUCUAUCAAGCACGAAGACCGGAGCGAGGACGAAGACAUCAUAGACGCUCCUAGUAUCCAAAGCCCGAGUGAUGGUGGGAAAAGUCUCGCGCAGGGGACACUGCCGCAAGUGGCAGAAAAGGCCACCGAUUCGACGACCGCUGGAGCGAUGGUUUCUACCUCUUCACUGGGAAAAAGAAAGCGGCCAAAGCAUGGUACCAUUAACAUCAAAGACGACCCUGCACUUGUGGGCAAUUCCAGUGGGCUCAGUUCCGUACCGACUUCUCCUGUAGCAACCACGCGCUCUUCACUGUCGAAGCCUGCGGCUUCCGAUUCCGAGUUCUCCAAAUCCCCAUCUCCUCGCUAUCGUUCCGCUGCGCGCGAUCAAGCCAAAUCUGUCGACCGAGUAGUUCAACGCCGGAAACAGUACACCUCCGCGUCUGGAGAGGAGGACGAAGGGGAGCGGCCAAGAUUUAGCAGGCAGCGAAGUUCAGGCAUCGACCACAAAUCGAGUAGAGAUAAUCGAUCUUCGUCGAAGUUCGGCACCGAUACACGUCCACGAAAGCGUACGAGGUCAAUAUCACCACAUUCGCGAGGUCACCGCCGCAGUAAUUCGACCCAGUUACCGUCGAAGUCUUCCCACGGACUAGGUCACAAGAAAAAGCGCGUUCCCGCACCGCUACAGUCCACUGAAUAUCAGUCGGAUGAGUCGUCUAGUGGCAGUUCACAUCCUCGAAGUUCACGCGUGCGAAGCGUUGCAGCACCAAUGACCGGCGAAUCGACGAUGUCGCCAGCAAAAAUCGGUCCUCAUAAGAAGCAUGUUAAUUCGUCUGGCCAGACUCUACUUGCACGUGCAUGUCUAAGCGGCAAGCUAGACGUGACAAAACAAAGAUACGACGAGCGCCCCCAGGAUUUAAAUGAAGCCGAUCAUGCUCUGAACACACCGCUUCAUGUUGCUAGUAUCAAUGGGUUUGCAGAUAUUGUUAAAUUUCUGCUGGACAAGAAUUGUAUUGUUGACUGUGUGAACGACCAACGAGACACGCCGCUCCAUGAUGCAAUCGAAAAUGGGCAUGUGGAAGUUGUGAAACUACUCUUUGAUGCAGGUGCUAACCCGAACAAACCGAACCGGCAUGGAGAUGAGCCACUCGACCUUGUGACAGAGAAGGAAGAGAGCGGAGCCUACAGCGAGAACGAAGCGACUGAGAUUAGGACAGCAAUUAUAGCAGCGAAGCAGAAUAAUCGUGAUGUCCAACGGCUCUCAGAAGAUGACCAUAUCCAUGAGCAUCUCGAUAGUCGGCCAUCUCAUCCCAAAGACAGCGCCCGCCAUAGUCCACAGGCCCCAAUCCACGAUUCCCAUGUCAUGAGCUCGACCAGUAGAAGAGGCGGGACAGCUCGGUCGAUCAAAACCAGUGAUCAUCUUCUUUAUCAACGACUUGAUGCGACAGAGCUACGAAAGGCUGCCAAAGAGGGUGAUGCUAGUGCUGCUGCCCGGGUUCUAGAAGUCAAUACUAACUUAAAGGAUUCGAAUUCUCUCCUGCUUGCAGCUAGAGGAGGACACUUUGAUGUUAUAAAUAUACUUUUCGCCAUGGGGGGAUUUGAUCCUGAUCCACAACCAAUCCAGGGGGCACCGCCGGAACAUAACACACCCAUACUUGCAACCAUUGGCCGCGAUGACCACCUUAAGGUGAUCGAAUUAUUUCUUGGCCAGGAUAACUUUGAUCCCACACGACGCAUAAGGGGAGACACCUAUUAUGAGAUCGCUAAGAAGCGAGCAGGACCCAAGUGGCAAGAGGAAGAAAAGCUUCUGAAAGAUGCAUAUGAAAAAUAUGAAUCCUCCCACAAAGGAUCACGUUCUCCUAUUCUCCGGCGAGAUGGACGGGAUUCGGAUGCGAAAAGACUCCGUAGGGAUGAACAGCAAGCUUCUCGAUCCCAUAAACGAACCACUUCAAGCCCGAAAGCGAAAGAUUAUGAUACUAGUAAGACCCAGCAUCGCAAUUCAUCAUCGAUCAACCAGUCUAAGGAGAGCCAUCCACAAAUUAAGCGAGGACCGGGACGACCUAGGAAGGAGGAAAGUGCACAAGUAACCGCGGUGUCAGAUCCCGAGACCACUCCGCUAGGUCCCCCAAAACAGAAAUCACAGGUCAAUCGAUCCGAAUCUGAAGUACAAGCUGCCUCUGAGAAUGAGACAACCACAAAGCCACGACGCAAGUUAGUGUCCGGCAAAGAGUUGAGAGGAGAACGGGAGCUCGAGAAGCAACGGCGUACCAGCGUUGCGUCUAACACUUCUAGCGCUUCCACCAAAGACAGGCGUGGCCUGGGCGAAUCGAAAGGGGACAACAAGGUCGAUGGGAGACUUAGUCCUAGCGUCUCGCGGGUCCCCAAGAAAUCAACCUCUAGCCUCAAUGACCAUGACUCUCCUUCCGAAAAACAUGCAUCUGAUAAGGACAGAGCCCGUUCCAUCAAGAGAGACGAUUCCAAAGACCGGCUCAGCGCAAUUCGGAGUGAAAGUCCUGUGAAGCGACAUAGGAAAAGUGCCACGCCACCUCGAUCAGGUAUGCAGGAGGUGACUCCUGGCUAUGGUGCAGGAGGAGGUCCAUUGAAGAGGCGCAAACUAGAAGCGGAGGCUGGAACAGGACCCAGACCUGAUGCUACACCGACCUCCUCGCCCGACCUUCGUGUCUCUGCCGCCAAAAUUCCAUCCGUGGAUGACGAUAAUGGUGAAACGUCCGGUCUAGAGUCAAAAAUCAAGUCGCCUCACUCCGAUGUACAUGUGGAUGAUGUGAUACGGAGUUCGAAGACAGAUGAACCGAAUUCCCGAGGACGCCUAGAGAAGCCAGCAGAUCACGGUCCGGCCUCGUCUCAUGAUUCGCAUGUUAAGAAACCGAAAUCGGAUGGCGAAGCAAGGUCAGAGCAUGAUGACCAGGAGCAUGCGAAAGACAAGAAACGAAAGGAAGAAGAGGAGCAUGUGAAAGAAAAGAAACGAAAGGAAGAAGAGGAGCACAUGAAAGAAAAGAAACGAAAGGAGGAAGAGGAGCACAUGAAAGAAGAGAAACGAAAGGAGGACGAGGUUGCCCGUGAGGCAGAGAGACGAGAAGCCGAACUUCAAGCUGCACAACAAAAAGCGCUGGAGGAAAAGCAGGAACUGGAGCGCAUAGAAAAGGCAAAGCAGGUACGACUUGCUCGAGAGGAAGCGGCGCGCGAGGAGGAGGCAAGGCGUCAGCAGGAGGAGGCGGAGCGAAAGGAGCGCCAACGAAUAAAAGACGCGGAAGCCCACGCUCGCGCCGUAGAGGAACAGAGAGUUUUGUACCUCGAGCAAGAAAGACUCAAGCGUGAGGAGCUAGAACGCAGACGGGCACUGGUGGUAGAGCAGCAACGUAUCGAACGAGCAAGAAUCGAGGAGGAGAAACGGCUCGAAAGGCUAUCAAAGCUUCCGCUUCUACUUCGAUGGUUUGAUCUCUUUGACAACCCUAAAACUCCCGAUGUGGCCUCCUUGUUCAGAUGGAUAGAUGGCUACCGCUACGACACUAUUCGGCCUGAAGCAACCGGCCAAGCAAAUGGUCGGGAGCAGUGGAUGCUGAAUACAGAUGCUGCGAUCCUCUUAGGGGAGAAGGAUCUCCAUCUCUCAAGAUACACUGCCUGGGAACGUAUCCCUUUGACGCUAGCUGCAAAGAGAGCGGUAUGGAGGUUCCACAAUGGUAAAUUCACUCUCCGUGAACCGAAUCUGGCUGGCAUCCGUAGCCAAGUUCCGCAGAAUGAGGGUAGGGUACGUGAGAUGAUAGAGAAGAACAAAGCUCUCUUUUUCCAGCUUGAUCUAUUUUUUGUGAAGGUGUCGGAAUUUAUGUUCAUCGUGCCAAACUUUCCCCACCUCCGAGGGAUAGAGAUUAUUGUCAACUACCGAGAGUUGGAUGUCACAUUCCAGAUGCCCCCGCCUUGUCCGAAAUGGAAGCAGGAUCCGGAUACGGACCAGAGCCAACCAUUCGCCCCCCAACCCAAAGUUCAUAUCAACGGGCAACUCCUUAAGCAACAAGAUGUGCCUGUCACAAGGAUUUUGCGAGAAGCCCCGUCCGAUGAAAAGCGUAUCCCCAGGCGAGAAUUAGUACCGGCGCACCCUACAGAUCCCGAUUAUGAGGAGAUUUGUAGAAAGCAAGGAUUGACACAUCUAUUGCCAGGGUACCAUGCAUCGCCCUCAUCAGCACCUUCGCCAUCUCCAUCUCUGCCCCAACCGAAUGGCACAGAUCAGGUUCUUGAGCAGACAAACGGAAUCACGCCUCCAAGCUCUGACAAGACUAAGUCCAUAAAUGGCGGAAGCCCCCAUCGAGGCUCCAUAUCAGAGGCAGAUCCCGUUCAUACUCUUCCAAAUGGAGUCGCCGAAGUUACUUCCCCCCCGGGAUCGAUUCCUCAGAUUUCGAACCAGCAUGAUUAA